CCUCAUUUUUGGAUGUAUAUCACUGUAGUAUUGCACGCGAUGUUGUGAAGCAUUUUUAUUUUUGAGAGCAAAUCAAGAAGUAUGAAAAAAUCACACUGGUAAAUCGACAUAUACAACAACAAUAUUGCCACUUUUAACACACACAUUUACGAGAAUAGUCGGGAUAAACAUCGUGGAAUAAGAUGACAAUUUAAGUUAAGGAAACGGUUUUAUUAAUUUCGUCUGAAGUUGGAGGAUCCUUUCAAACAGUGUAUCCGUGUGUUAAGGCUGGAUGCAUAUAACAAUUUAAAAUGAAACCUCUGAAAUGUGUAUUAGUAGGCGAUGGGAAUGUUGGAAAGACAUCCUUAAUGAAGACUUAUAAAGACAAAUGUUUUCCCGGGGCCUACCUUGCGACCAUGUCCGACAGCAUCAACGUAACGAUGCAGGUGGACGAAAAGAACUACGAUCUCACGGUUUACGAUACGGCGGGCCAAGAAGCGUACGACAGGCUACGACCGCUGACUUACCCAGAUACGGAUGUGAUUGUCAUGUGUUUCUCAUUGGUAUCCAAAGACUCGUAUGACAGUAUAAGAGAUAAGUGGUUGGCAGAAGUAAAACAGUAUUGCCGGGACAUUCCUAUCGUCUUGGUCGGCACAAAACUAGAUAUGCGCAGUGGAAACAGCAAGAAAGACUUCGCCAUUAUGAACGGUGACCGCGAAUCGACGAUAGCAUUUAAUACGAUCAGUCAAGAACAAGGUCAUUGGCUUAAAAAAGAAGUAGGUGCCCGGUUUUACGUUGAAUGUUCCGCCAAAACGCAGACGUCAACCAGAGACGUUUUUGAAAGUGCAAUUAUGGCUGCUAUAAACCCAACUAAGCGGAAACAGAGAAGAAAUGGUUGCACUAUUUUGUGAUGUUGACUUAAGUUGCUCUACGUGAAGUUUAACACUUUAUAUACAAGAAUUCGUGAGUGGAUGCUAUGACGAUUUAUUGAUAGUACUUGUUCGACCAUGUAUUACUUUACUGUUUUAAUACACUAAAGGAAAAAAAAAAUGUCUUUGAGACAUUUGAAGAACAUUAGGCAUUUUUUUGCUGUGACGUACAUUUGAUUUACGAAGCUUACAUGUUCACAUUUUAAAAUCAAUUGGCUCAUUUAUGACGAUGAUAAAAUGAAUCGAAUUUGUAUCUUACUGUUACUUUAACAACACUAAAAGUGUGUCCAAAGUAAAAGAUUUUCUUAUUCCCUGCAAACAGAUCGUGUCCUUUUCUAGUUUAACCCAUUUAAGCCUAGUGGACUCUCCCUUCCUUCUAAAUUGGAUCCAUUUAUUUCCAAAAUUAGGAAUGUCUAGUACAUUUAUUUCUAUAUUUAGAAUAUUUCUUACAGAAAUU